AUGCCUUUCAAGUACAAACCCAAGGCCUCAUCUGUGAAGCCACCGCCUAUAGAUGGAAGCGGGAAUGCCUUCGGAGGAGACAUUGUGUCAACAAUCGAUACCAAUGCCGCGUCUCCGAUCUCUGCAGGAUAUUUCAGAAUUGAAAAAGGAAAGCCUUUGGUCUUUGAGUAUGAGUUUGAUGAAGCAAAGCUCUUUCUAGAGGGCGAUUGUGUCGUGGAAGAUGAGACGGGACAAAAGGUCACGGCCAGAUCUGGAGACCUCUUCCUCUUUACAAAGGGUUCAAAGAUAUCUUUCUCGACAAGCAACUAUGCCUUGGCAUUCUAUUGUGAUCAGAGGGCUAAAUUGUGA